GUGUACAAAGUUAAUUAUUGCAACUCAGAAUAAGCUAUACACGUGUUUAGUCACUAUUUUCGUUAUUGGUCGGCAGUCUGACAUUGGAGACAAGUUUUUUUUAUAUAAAAACAAAAUAAAAAUAUCCUCAUAUCCAUCCAGGAAUUAUAAAUAAAGUGCUUUGUUAGCGUCCUCCGUUUGUACGAAGAGGUUUUUAUAUUAAGGGCGGUUUUGUAAAAAUGGCGGAUAAAAUUUAUUAUCCCGAUUCAAGGAUCGCGGCUAAUUCUCACUGCGGUAGCUUUGAAAAAUAUCAAGAAAUGUACAAAGAAUCGAUCGAAAACCCGGAAAAAUUCUGGGGUAAAAUAGCGAAGCAAUUUCACUGGGAAACACCGGUAAAAGAUGGAAAAUUUCAUUCGUAUAAUUUUGAGCUGAGUAAGGGUGACAUAUCAAUCGAAUGGAUGGAAGGUGCCUCGACGAACAUCAGUUUCAACCUGCUCGACAGAAAUGUGAAAAAUGGAAACGGCGAUAAAAUCGCAUUUUACUGGGAAGGUAAUGAUCCCGAAGACUACUCACGCCUGACCUACAGGAAACUUCUUGAGGAAGUUUGCAGGUUUGCGAAUGUUCUAAAGUCUAAAGGUGUUGGCAAAGGCGAUUGCGUUGCAAUUUAUAUGCCAAUGAUUUUGGAAUUACCGAUUGCCAUGCUCGCCUGCACUAGAAUAGGCGCCACACACACAGUUGUGUUCGCGGGAUACUCGUCAGAUUCACUGGCCGAACGUAUUUUAGAUUCUAAAUCUAAAGUGCUCAUCACAGCGGACGGUGUAUGGCGCGGUGAAAAACUUUUGAAUUUAAAAAAAAUCUGCGACGAUGCCUUGGAUAAGGUAACGAACAACGGACACUUAGUGGAAAGUUGUAUCGUCGUUUCCCAUCUUCGAAGACUGAGCAAUGCGUUAAACAAAUCAGAAUAUAGCGGAAGGGAUAACGGUGUCGGUGGGACAAACGGCUCUACGAACGGCACCCCGAAAAAAACUCCAGGCUCCAAUGAUAUCGAGACCCCGUGGACGGAAGAACGUGAUUUUUGGUGGCACGAAGAAAUGGAGGACGUAGAUUCCCGUUGUUACCCGGUAUGGAUGGCAGCUGAAGAUCCCCUCUUCAUGCUCUACACCAGUGGCUCAACCGGAAAACCUAAAGGAGUUCUUCACACAACGGCAGGUUACCUGAUUUAUGCAGCAACGACCUUCAAAUACGUCUUCGAUUAUCACCCAGGCGAUGUAUACUGGUGCACUGCGGACAUCGGUUGGAUAACCGGACACACAUACGUGGUUUACGGCCCUCUGGCUAACGGCGCUACUUCUGUAUUGUUUGAGGGAACGCCGUUUUAUCCCGACAACGACAGAUAUUGGUCAGUGAUCGACAAGUAUAAGGUAUCGCAAUUCUACACCGCACCAACGGCAAUAAGAUCUUUAAUGAAAUUCGGAGAUGAGCUUCCAAAGAAGCACAAUCUGUCUACGUUAAAAGUCCUCGGCUCGGUGGGAGAACCGAUAAACUCGGAAGCCUGGCUUUGGUAUUACAAUAAUGUCGGUCACAAAAAAUGUAGCAUCGCAGAUACUUUUUGGCAAACGGAAACUGGCGGUCACGUAAUCACACCACUUCCAGGCGCGACGCCGAUGAAGCCAGGGUCCGCGACCUUUCCCUUCUUUGGCGUCCUGCCAGAGCUUCUUGACGAGGACGGUACUCUGAUAGAGGGCGAAGGUGAAGGCUACCUAGUUUUCAGAAGACCAUGGCCAGGCAUGAUGAGAACUCUGUAUGGAAACCACGAGAGAUUUCAGUCUACGUAUUUUUCAAAAUUCAACGGCUUCUAUUGCACCGGGGACGGUGCGAGGCGAGACGCCGAUGGCUACUUGUGGGUCACGGGUCGAGUUGAUGAUAUGUUGAACGUGUCUGGUCAUCUUAUGUCAACGGCCGAAGUUGAGAGCGUAUUAACCGAACAUGAAGGCGUCGCGGAAGCGGCUGUGGUCAGCAAACCACAUGCGGUUAAAGGUCAAUGUCUUUAUUGCUUCAUUACACCAAACGAGGGUGCGGCAUUCGAUAAAAAACUGCAAGAUGAAUUGAAGAAAAAAGUACGUGAAAGGAUCGGACCGUUCGCUCAACCAGACGUAAUUCAGCACGCUCCGAGUUUGCCAAAGACGCGAUCGGGUAAAAUAAUGCGACGUAUAUUGCGAAAAAUCGCUGUUGGGGACAGAAAUGUUGGAGAUACCUCUACUCUAGCUGAAGAAGCUGUAGUGGAUUUACUUUUUCAACUACGACCCCAAGUCUAGGAAUCCAUUAAUCUAAUUACCUGAAUGUAUAGAAACAAAGAAAACAAAAUGAAAAGAUACAAUAUGUUUAACUAUCGUUAACUGAUAGGGGAUGUACAUAUACCACACUACAUUCAACGCCAUUCCGAAACCAUUUUUGGUCAGUGCUCUAUAAUCAAACGUCUUCGGAUGUUUCCAUUUUGAUUCAUUAUCGUGUCACAAACGAGAAAUAUAAAAAUUUAUUUUGUACAUAUUACAUAUUUAAAUAUAGUGGCUCGAAAUGUGAAAGAUAUUUCCUGAUAACAGGUGAUGAUAAUCUUGUGUACUCACUGCAAGUACACAUUUAAAAUUGACGUUCAAAUAUCCGUAAUAGAAUAAAAAUAAAUCCUUUCGUCGAAUAUACGAAUUCUUAGGAUAUAGAUAAAGUUGUAAACGUCUGACCAAAAAUGGAUUUUUAUGAAUAUUAAUGUACCUAUAAAUAUACAUUAGAUAUGUGUAAUUUAUUUUCUGAGUGACAGCUAUAUAUUAUUUAUAAUAAUAUAUGAAGAAUUUUGCGUAAGAUUGUAAUUAGUUAAAUUUACGUAGGAGCUAUAAGCUACCAAUAUAAUAUAUUGGCAGCGUGAAACUUGAGUCCAGAAAACAUUUUUUUUCCAAAAAAUACACACGUUGAAAAAAGAUUGUCUAUCUAUUUGAUCUGGUUAGAUUGUUGAAUAUUAUAUAGGAUAGAUAGCUGAUGAAGAAUCGUGUAAUGACAUUUCUAUACACACAAAAUUUACUGCAGAGCCACGCACAUAAUUCUACAACGGUACCACGCAUACGCUUGUUGCAAUAUUAUACCGGCUAUGGAACGAUGCAUAAUUAAUUAUUCCUAAUAGCAGAUCGUACAUGAAAAGAAUUAUCACUUCGUGAUGACGAAGGUAUACUAUAACAUCCUAUCGCUUAAAUUACCCAUCCGUCGAUUGUGCCUAUUCAGCCCAAUAUUCUGUUGUAAUUUACAAAAAAAAAAAUAUAUAUGAGGAGAUGAAAAUCACAUCUCUCAUCGCCGGCGUUAAUAAGUUGAGAGAAAAAUUUAAAUUUUUUUCGCAAUUACGGAAACUUAUUUUAGAUGCUAUACGGUUGAAUGAUAUAAGUUAGAUUAUAGUAUACGAGAAUACCUAAUCUCACAAGGCUAUAUCCUAUAUUUGAAAAAUAAUUGAUGAAAAUUAGGAUACAGUCUUGUAUAAGGUACACAUAUAAAUGUUGAAAGUAAUUAAAUAACUGUGAUGGCGAUGCGUAAUGAAUAUACAUGAUAUACUAUUAUACCUAUAGGUAUAUGAGACAAGUUGAGAUGAACUAUGCCGGGAAGAGAAAAAGAAAAAAUGACAAAAUUGUGUAACUGAUAAACGAAAUAAUGUAGAGAGACUAUAUAUUCAUUGCACAUUAUGUUCAAAAGUCUCAGUGCUGAUAUAUCGUUGGCUAAAUAUUUCAACGGUAAUAUCCGAGACGAGAUAACGCGUACAUAUCAUUAUCCUUACGUGAAAUAAUAUAAUUUACGUUAGGUGACAAAUAUACAUAAGAAUAUAAGUAAUAUACAUAUGAAAUAAAUAAUUUUGUGUUUUUCCGGA